UGAUCGGCGUUGACUGCUUGUGUUAAGGCGGUAAAGUAACGGAUGCUGCCUCAGUAUCAUAUAAGAGUCACAAAUAGUUCUUGUAGCUUAGAAAAGUAGAGAACACAUUUUAUUAGCAAACAAAUACUGGUGUUUUUAGAUACGGAUAGAAAAUAUUCUUAAACAGCGGAAUUUUUAUUUGGAGUCUAGCCGUUUACAUAAUUUUUAAAUAUAUUUCUCUCAGAUACUAAUACAUUGAACAAUCAUUUUGAUUGGACCAAUAAUAUCAGACCGCUCUUUAUUAUUAGGCGGACUGCUACGGGAUAAAACACUUGCUUAAAAGGAAGGAUUGUUAACAUAAAUACUCAUAGGAUCUUCAUAAAGAUUUUAUUAUUUAAUGUAUAUGUGUUUAUAUAUCCAUUGAAAGUGACGUUUUCUUACUACGUGCUUGAUUCGAGAAAUUCCUAAUGAAACACUUUCAUAACACAAGAAGCAGAUAAACUUUGGAUACAUUACUCUCACAGAACACUGAAAACAAGAGAAGAACCAACGAAUGAAAAUGGCGAAUGCAAGGGUAACACAAUUCCAACCGACACCUUUCAUGAACAAUUGCUCAAGAAUUUUCAUAAAUUAUACCAUUUAUAUUUUUCUCAUAUACGUCAUUUCCGGUGUAGGUAAAGCAUGUAAAUUUCCACGUUAUUUGGAAACAAGCGCCAUCUGGACAGCAACACAUAAUGACAAAAGAACAUUACAAGGCUACUUCCAAGGAAAUUUAAUGAAGGCCUCUCGUUGUGAUACGGAAGGAAACUGUUUUGAAUACACGAGAAAGUGUCUUUUAAGACAAAAUAACAAUAAGUUUGAGGUACAACAUAAUUCAAGAGGGGGGAGCAAACCCCCAAUGUAUUUGUGCAUGCAAAUUCUACAAAGGGGUAGAAGUAUCAUUCAAAUACGAGAGUCACAGGAACUCUAUUUUCGUAGUCCUAAUGCCUGUGACGAUAACCAUUUAAUUCUUGACAAUUGGCCUAUGGUUACAACAGAAAACUUCGACGAACAAAAGAUUACUUGCCCAUUUUCUGGUGGAUAUAAUAUCAGGUUACAUACGUCCGAUAAAACGCCCAAAUGUGACCGUGAAAUAAUUCCAGCACGACUUGAAAGCGAAUGUGAAGAAGGUGAUGGAAUGACAAUUAAUUUUCAUAAUCGCGAUUGUCUAGAAAAGGAUCUUGAAAUGAAGGUUAAACAAUCAUUUUACUGCGCAGCCACGUGGAAGCACGGAAAUUACACAUUCGUGAUACUGAGGCCACAGAAUGACGACUUUAAAGCCUGGUGUAUGCGAAUUACAGGUACAGAAUUUUCAAAACCAAUUGAACAUGGGCAUUUAUUUGUUGACCUUGUGUGUGAUCCAGGUGAUGGAAAUGGUAAUAUAAGAGAAACGUCAAACUAUUUAUAUUUAGAAUUCACCCAACGCAUUAUUAGUUCAACAUGUGCAGACUCGUAUGCGAGGAUUUGCGACGACAGGCGGCUUUGUGAGUUAAACGACGAAACAUACUCCAUGAACUGCCGACGAUUUUGUAACUAUUGUUCCGGUGAGCAAAAUCAAUGUACGUUCCCUGGACAUUUCCAAGGUAGCUGGGUUGGAAACAGUCACGGAGAACAGAACGAGGUGAGGAUAUCUUACUAUGAUGUUGAUAUAAGUGGUACGGGCCAGUUUCAGUGUCAUGAAUCAGAGGGCCAUGACUUUGAAAACAAAACGAUGCUUCUUCAGACAUUCUCAAAUGGCUGCUAUCCUAGAUACGCGUGCUUUGAAGGGAAGAAAGUGUCUUCGUCCAUACUUGAGUAUCGUCUUGGAAACCGUAUCAGCUGGCCAGUGAACAAUUGGGACUCGCUUAAAGAGGAUGUAUGUGCUGAUCAAAGGUUUGAGCCAAGUGCUAGAGACAGAGAAAAGUUUGGAAGGGGUAUAGAAGAAAAACCAACGACAAUUUUAGUUGAUAUGAAACAUCAUUUCUCGGUAAACUGCAAUUUACAAAAUUGGCCAGGUGUGUUGGAAAAUCGAUUGUAUAUACAAGAAGAGAAUGUAUGUACAUAUUGUUUUGUAUAUGACGCUAAUAAGCACAGUCAACAGAAAUUUAUUGCUCAGCCUUUCAACUGUACAUCCGGAAAAACUCUUGACCGGAAGGAUUAUCAUUGCUUAGGUGUGUUUCCGCAAGAUGAAAACACACACGCAGUAGUUACGCGCACGGUGCAUGUGCACCAAGAGUAUCUUUGCUGGGUGUUCGUGCAUGAAGAUGACCAUGAAUACAGAGCUGGAAUAAUUUAUGUUCUAGAUGCUACAAAUUGUAACAAAGUUGCUAUUAACGCAGUAAGGGAGGGGAGUUUAGAACCAAAGAGGACGCUGACGAUAAAUCGAGCAAAAUGUCCGUAUAUUGACCAGCUUUUGUCAACGACGCCUCCAGUAUUUCAUCGCUCGACUCCAAAGCACCGAAAUACAACCGAACAAAAACGCUCAUCUACCACGUUUUAUAAUACAGUGUAUCCUACUAGGAGCAACCAGAAUCCGUACCAGACGACGGUUCGGCCGCCAAUGUACGGUCCAAUUGGAAGUUCUGCUUUCCGAAUUGAUAUUUACAAUAGCAUUUUUACUUUAUUUGUUUACAUAGUGAUAUGUUUAAGAGUUUUGACAUAGUAUAUGACGGUGAUAUAGAUUUGAAAUUUGUAUUUGUAUCUGCAAUACUCAUGAUAAGUCGACCAUUUCUUUAUGGCAUUCUUCUGUAUUAAGACGUAUUAUACAGGCGUGUAUUUAAAUAUACAUGUACAGAUAUACGUCAGAGGGAUCAAUACUUGACAAUUCCAAGGUAAAACUGCACAACAGUGAUAAUACAGUUACGUCUCAACUGACUAUAAUUAAAAUGAUAUGUACAAUAUAUGUUUUAACAUGUUUUCUAUUUCUUUUUAUUGACACUAUGUAACAUACUAACAUUCAUAAUUUAGAAAAGUUAAUCGCAUGAUUGAAAUACGACAGGUCACUUAGAGCAAGAAUGUAUGGCAAUGUCAAAACGGACUUUGAAGUUUCUUUCAAAAAUCAGGAUAUGUAUUGAUACAAAGAGGAAAAUGUAACUGCUUCAUGGAAUACUGUAGUCAUUUUAAUGAUCUAGAAAAUUAGUUUUUCGACUGGAUGACAUUUUGAAACGAUAUUUGUUCGUGUAUCAUUGUUACUCUGUACCGUGUUUGGACAUGUCUGGCAUGCCACUUAUUCUAAGAGCACCGUCUUGAUAAAAGAAAUUUAGCAGCACCGCUAUAUUGUAUUGAAAACAGACGAUGGUUCACCUUUUAUACUGUCUGUGGACAUGUCAGGCACCUUUGAAUACUGUUGAAAAAAUGAAAGAGCAUCGUCUUGAUAGAUAAAUGAAAUUUAGCUGCACUGCUUUUUCGCAUUAUUUAUAGACAAUGGUCUUAAUUUGUUGUAAAAAAUAUAGUUAAUAUUUAAAACCUGUUGCUGAACACGCAAUCGAAAUUCAUCUUAGAAUACUUGAAAGAAAUGGUAUGCCAAUUGUUUUCUUGCUAAGUCUGGUUCAAUUCUAACCGAUGUCUUUAAAUUGUAAUUUUGUACAUGUAACAUGUACAAAUAUUGAGAUCUGCUCAACACAGGGCUAGAUGUAAUGGACGAUAGCAUUCAUGCUCACUAUGGUCAUGCACAGGCUUAGUCAACUAAUCCAGCAACAUUUCUAUUUUUGUCGUGUAGGGUGGCCUGUUGAGUUUCUACUUUCUCUAUUUUAAAUCAUUAUAUCUGUUUUAGUGAGUGAGUUGGGUUUUACGGCGAAUCGACACAAAAUGGUCAUAUAUCGCCGAAUAUCUGUUUUAAAACAAUAUGUGUAAAAAGGGGAAAGAAACAGCUUCUGAACACGGAAUACAUACUACGCCGAAUUGUUUUAAAAAGAUAAGACCCCUUCGUUUUAAAUAUUGCAUAUUUCGUUUAGAAUGAUAUUCAUUCUUUCUUUUAAAAAAAUACCUCGGUCUCAUAAACUACCCAAUGACAAACGGAAUACUAUACAUAUUACAUAUGUAGAUAAAGUACAACAUUGUUAAUGUAAAUAACGAAAAAUAUUGGUCUGUAGAUAUAUACUAUAAAAGGGAUGUAAAUAGGUAACUAUAUUGGGAAAUAUAUUUGAAAUGAGCAAUUUUGAAGUGUUAAACAUGAGGAAUAUUUUUAUUUUAUUUUGUGGAAUGUACAAAUGAAUGUUAAGUUUGGAUAAUAAGUGAGCACGUGAACAUAUGUGUUUGUCUAUUUAACUUGUGUAAGAAAGACUUGCAUGCAUGUAUAGAUAUGAAUGAAAGCUGUUAUUACUUGAUUUGUCAUAGAGCCGUGCCAUGAGAAAACCAACAUAGUGGCUUUGCGACCAGCAUGGAUCCAGACCAGCCUGCACAUCCGCGCAGUCUGGUCAGGAUCCAUGCUGUUCGCUAACAGUUUCUCCAAUUCCUAUAGGCUUUAAAAGCGAACAGCAUGGAGCCUGACCAGACUGCGCGGAUGCGCAGGCUGGUCUGGAUCCAUGCUGGUUGCAAACCCACUAUGUUGAUUUUCUCAUGGCACGGCUCAUAUAAUGUUUACGGUAAUCUGUACGUGUAAUACUUGUUAAGUUUUCUACAUUCUAGUAAUUAUCUUUCUGAUAUAUAAUAUUAAUAUCACAUGUAAAUUUUCAAAUUUUAUCUAAACAUUGUACGUUUGUCUUACAUUGUUUUGACACAUAUGAAUAUCAUAUAUUUCUUGCAGAUUGCUUUCAUUAGCUGAGAAUACAGAAAUAGGCUGCUUUUUAGUUCAUGGAUAUCAAAGAGUUGCGUUCAAUAUUUGUGAAAGUAAACUGGCAAUGAUCAAAAAGUAUUGCCGACAUUCCAAGUAUGCAAAUUCCCCGAAACGAAAUGGUGUAUCAAUGAUAACCACUUACAGAACAGAAAAUGGACAAAGUGAAACAAUAGACCUUUUUACACAAAGCUAUUUGCUUAGCAACGGGAAACAAUUUUCGCGCAUGCGCACUCUGCGUAGGUCAAAAAGACAUGACUGCACAAUAUAAAUUACGUUAGAGAUAUAUUGUAUUUGAUCUAUUCGAUCAAUAAUGAGUUUGUUUUAUAGUAAAUAUCCACCGAAAGACAAAGGAAAAUAUAUGUAGAUCUUUGCAAACCCACAGCUUUAACUAAUUUGCAUUAUCAUUGAUGUUUUUGGAUUAAUGGAGUAUUCAUUCGGCAAUUUUGAUCUCGACAGAUUUAGGUUAAGAAAAAUGAUAUUUUCCAUGAAUUUAUAUAGAGUAAUAACAAAGAUUUUGUUUUAUUUCCUAACGUGAUCUCCCAUAACUUACCACGUGUCACAAUUAGCUUACAUGAUACUUGAAAUGUAAUAAUUAAAAGUCGAAGUUGAAAAUAAAAUGUUCAAUUAAUAAAGUUCAGUCUUUGGUUUUGUAUCCAAUUAUACUCAAGCGGGGAUCAAUUCAUUCAGUAUUCAAAUAAUAAUAAUAAUAAUAAUAAUAAAAUGAAAAUAAAAAAUAAAUAAAUAAAAAUAGGAAACAAAUAUAAAAAAUAAUCAUCUUAAAAUUUUUAUUUUUUGUUUAAAUUGUUUCUUCGAUUUGAAAGUUUUUAUUUGACAUUAUCAAAGUGGUUCGAAUGGUGAAUGCAGCGGUCAGAUUUAAUAGAGAGGGGGCGGGUAGCGGGGAGGGGUGUUCUACACUUACAUUCUUUAUCUGUUCUAUUCUUUGCGGAAUUCAAGUUUAUCAUAAUUAUUCUAUUAAAUCACGGAUAAUGACUUCUUGCGCGAUACAUUUUCAAUAUGAAAAUGAUCCAGCAUGUUAACAUAGAAAUAAAAAGAGAUAGAGAUUUAUAUCAGGUAUUUUCCUUCAGUGUGUAGUUAUAGGCCUUGAUUUGAUUAAUAUCUUACCAAUUCAGACUUUUUGUUACUACACUUUAUCGUUUUAAAAGGAAAUGUCCAUUAAAGUUCCAUAGUAUAUUCUUGUCAAUUUAUUAAAUACUAGAUGUCACGUGAAAUGUUCAUUUAUUUUAUAUUCACAAACAGCUCCGCCACGUGAUAUAUUAAUCUGGGUGCAUUCAUGACCGAAUGCAUUAAUGUUUAUUAUACCUCACUUUUGUCUACAAUGGUAAAAUCCCAUUACCCGAAAAGGAGAUAUUUUGACUAUCAGAAACAUUUUCAGUCUUUCUGACACGUGACCAAGCGAAAGUGACUGCCAGGUCAUGUGACCGCGCUGAUAUUUUGAAUGUCAUAUAAGGGCAAUAACUGCUUCAGGUUUUUAGCCAUAUGAUUGCGUCCCUUGUACACAGUGUCAUAUUGUAAUGACGUCGCUAUUCAGUGUGUACACAACUGAUUACCGGCAGAAUGUCACCACUCGGCUAUCGCCUCGGGUGACAUUCUGCCCUCGGGUUGACAAUAUCAAUGUCACACACGCUGCCAUAUGGUAUUUAUAUAAUAUCACAUCAAAGCCGUCUUAUUUGCUUCGGUAAAUUUUAUGGUCCGCUCUAAUUAGGAGACACGCACGAUAUUAAGUUACGGCUUGAUUAUCCAGGUGAUUAACCUAUGUUUUAUCAUGUCAAUUGCAUAAUAGUUACGCAAUGAUUUCGGGUAUAUCACUUAAAACAGCAACUUCAGUGGCAUGGAGCUGCGACCCCAAAGUAUGUAGAUGUCAUUUAAGACGGAGAAAAAUAUAUAUAACAACUAUUUGAAGUUGUGGGAAAAAAGAUAUAAUGAAAAAUAUGAAAAUUUUAAAUGUAAGGAACAAGUUUUAUAUUGGUAUUAGGUGUGGAAACGCUUGUUCUUUUCUGACGAAAAUAAGAAUAAAGCAGGCUUUUCAGGUAAGCUAUGAUUAAUUAACAUACAGGUCUUUAAUCAAAGUAUACUGUAUAAUAAAUUACUUGACUGAAAUUAUCCAAUUCGUAAUAAAACGAUAAUUUUACAUAGGUUUCCUUAUCGUUGAGAGUCCUUUUGCCACACGUAAAGAGCGCAUGCGCGUUAAAAUCAAAACAUCCCCGGCUUAGCAUAGCAACCGAUAACUUGUGUAAAAACAUCUAUUAGACAAGAUUGGAUAGUUUGAACCUAUCAAUGGUACGUAAGUGAUGCCGCCGAUGGAUAAAAAGAUAUUAAUGUAGCAUUUAUUUUCUAAAUACAUUUUGUUUCAUACCUGUAGGAACUGAAUGUGUCAAGAAUCUAUCCAACAACGCCUUGUGUGUCACACUGUAUUUUCCAUUUUGUUAUGUUUUGUUCAUAGAUUUAAAUAUGAUUUUAUUACCAAAAUGUAACAUUUAUUUCCUCGUUUAUGUUUGAUGGUGUAUAAUUUCCUAGAAUCGUACAUUUACAUGAAUUGUGUAUAUUAAUUGAUUAUGUAUACAUUCUUCAAAUUGUACUGUGAUCAAAAUACAGAUGAUAAUAUUGAAAAUGAAUGUCAGCAACUUCACAGCAGACGUCGGUAAGAGAUACAAAAUAAUCAUUCAAACACCCUGUUUAUUAUAGAAUAACCGACGGCAACGAGCAGAACUUACAUUAAUCCUUUAAAUUAAAUAUCUAUCGUUAUUAGCUUUUGCAUAAUUUUAUUACAUAGUUUGAGUAAAAUUAAAAUUUAACAGUUAUGUGAAUAACUGAAGAUGCUAUCAUGUUGAUAUUUUGUUUCUUAGAACUAUUUCAUUUUUUCUGAGAAAUGUACAUUUGAAAACCUAUUAAAUGCCUUGAUAUACAAUA